UCUCUCUCUCUCUCUCAUCACGUCGACCCAGCGGAUCAAUUCUCUGACGGAUCAGUUUAAAUUCAAUGUUCAAGCUGCGGCGGGAAGCUCGUGCUGAUAAAGCGGAGAUAUCUGGUUCCGUGUGAGACCUUCAUCUUCAUCUUCAUCUCUACCCUCAUCUUCAUCUUCAGCAUCAUGUCGGGGACCAAGGAGGAAGACCGCAAAGGCUCGAGCGACUGGCGGGAAUACUUCUGGAACCCGCGAACCCACGAGCUGCUGGGUCGAACCGCCACGAGCUGGGGUCUGAUCCUGCUCUUCUACCUUGUCUUCUACCUGUUCCUGGCCGGGAUGUUUGUUCUCACCAUGUACGUGAUGCUGCUCACGCUGGACGACUACAAGCCCACGUGGCAGGACCGCCUGGUCACUCCAGGGAUGAUGAUUCGUCCGAAGGGCGAUCAGCUGGAGAUCACGUUCUCUGUGUCAGAGACUGAGAGCUGGGGCGGCUUCGUCCACAACCUCAACUCCUUCCUGUCUCCGUACAAUGACAGCUACCAGGUUCAGACCAAUGAUGACUGUCCUCCAGAUCAGUUCUUCAUUCAGGAGGACAGUGGAGAGGUGAGGAACAAUCCAAAACGUUCUUGUCAGUUUAAUCGAACGAUGUUGGACGACUGCUCUGGGGUGUCAGAUCGUUUCUAUGGUUACAGCAGAGGUCAGCCCUGCAUCCUCAUCAAACUGAAUCGGGUCAUCAACAUGCUGCCGGGAAAAGACGGACAGUCUCCUUAUGUCACCUGUGGAGCCAAGUCGUACAGAGUGGGGAUGGAUGAGUGGAGGGAGGACAGUGAUAAGAUUGGACAGCUGGUGUAUUAUCCUCCUAAUGGAACAUUCAAUCUCAUGUACUACCCGUACUACGGCAAGAAAGCUCAGGUGAACUACACUCAGCCGCUGGUGGCCGUGAAGUUUCUGAACGCCUCUCUGAACACAGACAUCAGCGUGGAGUGUAAAAUCAACUCCAACACUCUGUCCCCCGGCAGCGAGAGGGACAAGUUCGCUGGACGGGUUUCCUUCAAGCUGCGGAUCAAUGACAAAUAGACACGACGCAGUGAACGCCUCGUCCAGAUGUGUCCUGUUGAAACCCCGUGAUGCAUUCACUGACUCACAUGAUCCCAGAUGUGUCCUGUUAAAACCCAGUGAUGCAUUCACUGACUCACAUGAUCCCAGAUGUGUCCUGUUAAAACCCUGUGAUGCAUUCACUGACUCACAUGAUCCCAGAUGUCUCCUGUUAAAACCCUGUGAUGCAUUCACUGACUCACAUGAUCCCAGAUGUGUCCUGUUAAAACCCUGUGAUGCAUUCACUGACUCACAUGAUCCCAGAUGUCUCCUGUUAAAACCCUGUGAUGCAUUCACUGACUCACAUGAUCCCAGAUGUGUCCUGUUGAAACCCCGUGAUGCAUUCACUGACUCACAUGAUCCCAGAUGUGUCCUGUUAAAACCCUGUGAUGCAUUCACUGACUCACAUGAUCCCAGAUGUGUCCUGUUGAAACCCUGUGAUGCGUUCACUGACUCACAUGAUCCCAGAUGUGCCCUGUUAAAACCCUGUGAUGCAUUCACUGACACAUGAUCCCGUGUAAACACACAUUUCGUGUUUUGUAAUUUUCCGUGACGUGAUCCUCCAUAUGACUACAGCUUUGACCACACCCUGAAACCAGCACACACGCUGUGAUGUCACUGACUGAGGACUGAACAACAGACGAUCAAUAAUCAUAUCAAUCUGCACGGGUCACAAACCAAACUCUUGAUCAACCUUCAGUUAAUUUAUUCAUCUUUAUUUAUUUAUUCAUCACUUGUUUGUUUAUGGAACUAUUUCACAAUUUAAAAUGAUUUUGUAAACAUCGGGUAUGAUUGACUCUGAUUGGCUGUUCAGGAACAGGAGGUAAACCAGAGUCCAGUUCAGGGUCUGUUCCACGAAGCGGGUUCAACAGAUCCUGGAUCUGGUUCAGUUAUCCAGCUGAACUCAGGCUGUGGUCACAUGAUGCUGGUUAUCAGGUUUAUCUUAUAUUAAAACUGUUCUAUCAUUAAUAACAAGAGCAGAUCUGAAUAUUAUCUCAUUUGUUUCCAUCACAUGUCGUUUACAUGAGUUCUCAUUGU